AUGGCAUCUUUGUUGGAAUUAUUUGAAGUAUUGCUUUGCAACAUGGAUGGCCCCUUGUCCUCGGUGAUGAAACGAAAAGGCCCCCUUUUCUCUCUGCAACCCUGGGAAAAGCCGGAUGGUCGGCCAUCCACCUUUGCAGAUCUUACUGCUUGGUUGCCUAUGUUGUCACCGGCUGCCUGCGAAGUUCGUGCACGCCUUUGCAACCGUCAUGCAGCCGCCAACAACUUGCUCCACACAGGCCUACAAGACACAGCGCUUGUUUUUGGACCUCCUGAGUCUGAAGAAUCUGAAGUGAGUGGUGUGGGCAACAGCAUCCUGGAGAUUGUGAGGGACCUUCGGGAUGCUAUGGGGAAGACCUGCCAAGCGCCCAAAUCCUUGAUGCGCGUGGACCGACCCUAUCAGGAAUGGGAAAUGGAUUUAGCCUUGGCUUUUGACAACAAUCUUCAAUGCCUCGAGUGGGAACUAGUGCGUGAUUUGGCAAUUUUCUACCAGAUGACACUGGCCAGUGUGCCUAGCCUGGUUUCUGCCUUGGAUGGCGGGGCCACAGCGCCCGUGGACCACGUUUUGAGUGCCAAUGAGGUUGCGAAGAUGGACUUCACGGUUAAUCUCUUCAACCCACCGACAAAGAUGACAGUGCAGAUUGGAAGCCCUUGCACUUUGCUCCAGAGGCACCCAAAUAAGGUCUAUACACAAGCCUCCCUGACGCAUCCCAAGCUACUCUGCCCUGCACUGCCGUAUUUGCGGUUUGGCUUGGCCAUGGAAAAUGAGAUUCUCUCAACGCCUGUUCUGCCAGACUUCGACUUUUCCCUGACCCAGCACCAAGCAGAGUCGCUGCUUUCCAUCUUGAAUUGCCCAGGUUUGCGCAUACCUUUGCUCCUGCAAUUCCUCAUCCCCAACCACAUCUCACUUCUGCAUCAUCGUCGCUUCCAACGUAUAUUUUUUUCUUGCCUCUUCGAGCCCGGCUGCUAUGGCACCAACUUCCCCACGGAUUGGAAAAUCCCAGUAAUCGACCAACUUUCAGUGGAGUUGGGAUGGUUACAUCAAGAACUCCUACGAAGCCCUCAUUUGUUGCUUCCCUCGCUGAAUCAACUCUUUGAAGCGAUGAAAGAUUUGGGCCAUGGAGAAUUCAAUGGGCCUUUGGUGCAACCUUUUCUUUUUGUGGUGCACAUUGCGCUUCUCUUGCAAGACUACAUGCAACAUGCAAAGGCUGUUGCGGAAGAAAACGCUAGACUCUGCUUGGAAGAGCAUGCCAAGCUCUUCCGCCGCUUCACGCAGAAGUUCGCAAGAAAAGUUUUGGCACGAUGGAUCCAUCAGGCAAAUCUGGCGAAGAAUUACGAGGUUUUGAUGCAGUGCCAUGCUCACCUGGCCAUGACCGCUUGGCCUCUCACGCGGAUGGAAGACGAUGACACGCAAAGCUUGGCUGUGGCGUCUUGUACCUUCAGCUUGUGGAGUGAAAAGAUUGGGGAUGUGGCGAAUGUGGAAUGCCCUGGGGACCAAGCAGAUAUGGUACACUUGGUCUUCAGUGCGUUAAGUCGACACCGAGUGCUUUUAUUGAAGGCUGUGGAACAAGGUGAUGAGAGCGAACGGAACAAAUACUUCAGCUUCAUCCUAGGUGGUGCUUUGGGGAGUGAGCGCAUGCCUUCUCUCGUUUGGCGCGCUGCUGAACAGACUCCAAAGGUGUGCUACCGAAUCUGCGAGACGCAGCAUCCCAUCACCUCCGAGGAUUUCAAGCCCAAAGUCGUGCGACUCCCCAAGGCUUCGCGGAUCAUUCUGCGCUUCGACCCACUUUGCCAAGUGGAGACCGGGGAUUUUGUGAAAGUCUAUGCUGGAGACAAAGAGAUCUCAUCCAAGUUGGUGUGGAGAGGGAGUCGGCAUGACGUCGCCAAAUCCGGAUGGCCAGGAGUGGAUGCUCCUGGCUUAGUCAUCAACAGCGACUCGUUCCGGAUCUCCUUGGAGCGUGUCAUGGCCUUCCGCAGCGACGGCGACACGGCUUACGGCUUCCGCGUGACCGCCGAGGCGGAGUUGUCGCCGGAGGCCGUCGCUUCCAUGCAGAAGGCCGUGGCUUCCGUGCCAUCCGAAGCGAAGCCUUCGAACUUCGUUUGCGCCUCCAUCCUCUCGGAGGUGGGUGGUGAUGUCCAGGAGGCGGUGAAGGACUACAAGCGGCAUGACGUGCGGCAGAAGUGGGAAGAGCUUGAGAGCCUAAGUGAGGCGCGGAAGCAGCAGCUGGGCCUUGGCUCGGGUGGCUGCUUUGUGGCAUCGGCAGCAGAGGAGGCGGAUUCCUGGCUCACAGGAGCUCGUGUGGACUUGGGAAUGGCCAACAUCAGCUUUGAGGCCCGUGAAACAUUGCAGCCGAUGCCUUCAGACUGCUUCGAUGAUCCAGACUAUCAAGAAGUCUUGGGGGACCAGCGCCCCAACGUCCUCCCACUCUCAGAGUCCCUUUACGCGAGGAAACUCACCUUUCGAUGUGGAGUUGAGUAUACAGUCGAGCUUUGGGCGCCACCUGAGUUCACGCUGGCCUUGGAGUACGACCGGACGACAGUAAAGCUGGCCAAGGGAGGGGAAGGGGUCCCUUAUGCCUUCCACCCGACGCACAACGCGAGUGGGAUCCUGUGGAGAGGCCAGACGUGGGCUGAGUUGAAAGUGGCCGACCUACCCAAGCAUUUGAGAACCCAUCAUGAAGGUGCAGGAAGUGCAGUUUUUGCGGCCCUCCUUUCUACGCCACCAGCGGAUCCUUCACUUCUGAAUAAGCCGGAGCCAUGGUAUUGCAGAUUUGCUGGCGAAUGGUGGAAAGGGGCUCGUUGGUACAGCCAACCUUCUUCACCCACACUUGGACUUGCACGCACGAUUUGUGUUUGCGAAGUGCAAAUCAGCAGCAUUCGGGCAGUGACUUCUUUCUGGUUGGAGUUCGAAUCCAUGCUGGGCCAUCCGGACUUCUUGGUUGCCUACCAACUGCAGGAGUAUGGCCGCAGCACCUUGCGAGAAGCUGUUUGGACCUCGUUGCGGCGGCAAUCGCUUUUCAGUGACGAUCCCGAAGAGAUCCAUGAGCUUUUCACUGUGCCCCAGGCCUUGUUGAACCAGGCUGGCCGCCUGAGACCUUUGGAGUUCUACGGGAAGUCCUUGGUCUUAAGGAGCGCUGCCGGGAGCUAUUUGCCGCAGCGCUUCCUGCGGGGCUUGCUGCCUCAAGUGCUUUUGCCACACUUCUUUUUCUGGCAAAUCUCCGAGUCUAGCAUCGAGGGGAGGCCAAGAGACAAGCAGAGCCGUUGGUUCAACUACGUGUUGCACUUGGAGCUUUCGAAUGGCGGGAGCACUGCGCGGGUUUGGCGGGAACAAGGUGAAGGUUGUCAGGAACUGCAGGAUGCGACUCGCUCAUCAGAUCCGAAGCUCUUCCAGUUUGGGCGAGACAUCAGCAGGGUGGAGCCUUUGUCACAUGUCCUUUUUUGGACCGAAAGCGACACCAGUGGCCAAAUCGGUCUGGUGGAGAUGCCCAGGUUGCAGCUUCGCUUCCGCUUCCGUUCCGGCCCCGUUUUGGAGCCUGGGGACGGAGUCCAGGUUCCUGCUUUGGCUUUCAAGAAGAAAUUGUAUUGCGACGCCUUCGGUGGUCAGAUGUACCUGGAUGCCUUUGGCAUCUCAUCCAUUCGCCGAUUGUUGCCAAAUUGCCCGCACUCCUUGCCGCCACACUGCUUCCUUUUGCGCUCUGAAGCUGGCGAUGCGAAGGUUGUGGCUCCCUUGGGUGGCUUAAGAAGACGCCGAUGCUAUCAAGAAGCUUUUGGCAUUGACAUUUACUUGACCAUUUUUGGUGAAGCUUUCUUUACUCCCAUAGCUGCGUAUGAUCUUACAUUGUCCACUGGAACUGACCUGAAAUCUCCCAGCCUCCUCUCUGCACUAUGGCUCCUUUGUUGUCGUCUUCUUCAGCGGGACUAUGAGGGCGCGGCCAAGCUGCUGCCCUUUGUGGCUUCUGCUGAUGGCCUUCUCCGCCACGACGAGCGCCUCGCCUUCCGCAUGGCGCUCCACGACGCAUCGGACCGGGCACCUGACGCUGUGGCGGUUCGCUUGCGUUUGGUGCAGGCAGUAAUUCGCAAUGAGGGAAUGGAUGCUGACUUGGCAGGGAAGGCUUUCCGGGAUGCUGCGAGCUACAUCUCGCACCUGGCGCAUGUGAGCCAAAGCUGCUGUCUUUCUUUAGAAGAGGAGCUGGAAUUGUGGAACAGUUUGCUUCGCAUGCAGAGCGACAUCGAAUCUGCCAAUCGGUUUAUUCGCUGGAGACGACAUUUGCUGACAGCACGGAAGCAAGGGCAGAAGAUGACGGAGCUGGAAUGGGAACGAAUGGACCCAGGGGCCUGGGUCAGACAUGUUUUGGACCAUGAAGAGCUCGAUUCUUUCAAUUGUUCUAUCUCGGACAUCGACUGCAUUGGUUUGAAGAAUGAACCGCUCUUUCAGGCCGAGGCGUCCGACAUGUUGUGGCCAAAGCUUCUGGAGGUGGUGCAGGGCAACAGCAUGAAGGAGGGUGUUUUCAGUACCAUCUUCGAUAUGUGGGAACGUGGCUGUGCUCCCGAGAUGCGUGCUUUGGCCCUCAGGAUGCUACUCUUCACCGUUGCGCGUGACAAGAACAGCCUGGACCGACGGCUGCUGGUGGUCCUGUGUUUGCUGCAAGAGGGACGCGAAGCAAGGGAGGUGCCACGACUGAGCAACCUCCAGAAGCUGAAGCCUGGUGAGAGCAAAGCGCGAAGGACAUGGGUGGAGCAACUGUUUGCCUGGGCCAAGCACCGCUUCAGUGACCGCUUAAGCGCGUCCGGUUUCGAUGGCGCAAGCGACAUCAUCGGCUUCGUCCCUUUGUCGCCUCUUCAAGGUGGCAGCAAGGUGGAUGAAGCCAGCCUUGCCAGUGUCCUUCCAAUCGCAGUGCCGCGCGGUGCGACAGAUUUCAGAUGCCACCGGUAUGUCUUGGCAAAGGAGUCUGCCUUGAGCGGUGGGUGGCCUCUGCUAACGAAGGAUGAGUUGCUCGGGUAUGAGGAGCACCAGCCUGCAUUGGUUGUUGCAUGUUCCAAACUGCAGGACAUGCUGGUGAGUGAAGUGCUGGAUCCAUUACCAUGGCAACAUCUUGGCGUAGAAUGGAAUGGUCUUUCGCGGUGCUCCGAAACUACGGACAGCAAAUCCCUUCGCAUCACCUCUCGAACAUUGAACAGAUGGCAGGCAUCUGCAGCUGCCUUUGAGGCACAAAACAAGACUUUCAAGGAGAAGCCAUCGAUUCAAUUUAAGACCUGCCACGGCGGUCUCACGAGCCUCUGCGUGCGUCUGCAAACUCUGCCCAAGGAGGUGCUGACAGAUGUGGAUGCUUUGAUUACUGCUUUGCAGGCACAGGUGGAGUUAGAUGUCCGGCGAGCUCAACAGGGAGUGGAAGCUAUGAUGGCUUGGUCCAAGCGGCCGAUGAUGGCAUCGGAGAAUCGGCAGAUCUGGGAUUUGGAAGUUGUUUCAGGAUUCCACCCGCCAAUGCUCAGCUUUGAGUGGAUCCUGGCUGCUACUUUGGCAGAGGAUGCUGGCCACGUUUUCGCCUCCUUCUUACCUUCUGCCUUGGACCCUGAACGCUGUUUGGAGGUCCUCCAACCUCAGCGUUUGGUCAAAGCGGCUCUUUCUGUUCUGCUUCUAGCCACGAGGGCCGCCACAGCGCGACGCACCCUGACGCACGCCUUCGCACUGGCGGCCAAGCUCAGGCAGUUGCCAGCAACUGACAGCGAGCGCCGUGGCCACUCGCAGAGCAUGGCUGCCGUGGCCACUCGCCUGGCCACGGAGCUCAGCAGUUGCGAAGAGUUCGUGGAGCCAGGAGUUGCGAUCGAUCCGCAUUUCUUGCUCUUCGAGUGGCUCUUUGUGAAAGGAAACCUAAGAGCUGGGCAGCUGGACUUGGUGCGCCGCUUUGCAGAUGCAGCCAGGUCGGGCACACCGUUGCUGCGCCAGCUCCUAAUGGGUGAAGGCAAAUCUGCGGUCAUCGCACCUUUGUUGAGCCUUCUGCUGGCGCAGGAUCUUGUCCUGCAAGUGGUGCCAGACCCACUGCUAUCCCAAAGCUUGGCCAUCAUGCGAGGCCUCUUUGGCCAGGCCUUCUUUCGGCCAGUGUACCACUUCAGCUUCGAACGCGCGCAAGCCGACAGCGCCUCUGCCUAUGCCUUGCUGAGGAAGCUCCGAAUGGCUGUGGCCCAAUGUGCGGCUGUCUGCAGCACCGCCUCUUCGGUCAAGAGUUGCUUGCUGUCCUUCGUAGAGGCUGCCUUCAAACUCACGGAAGCACAGCAGCGGCUCUCCAUCGACGCCACAGACGCUGCGCGGUGUCUGGAAUUGGCUGAGCAGCGCUUCCCUGAUGCCAAGGACUUCUCUGCGAUGAAUCACUUGGACUUCUUGAUGCUUUGCUUGAGGGGCAUCCUCUUGACCUUCCGGAGCACCAUCGUGGUGCUGGAUGAAGUAGACCUCCUCUUGCAUCCACUAAUGUCCGAGCUGAAUUUCCCGGUGGGCAGCCGGCAACCUCUAGAGCUUUCACCCGAACGUUGGGAGCUCCCGAUGCAUUUGCUUCAGCCCUUCCUCGCAAAGACGGUUUCUGCAGAGGUCCGCAAGGCUAUCGAUGAUGGGAUCCAACAAUUAGCUUUGCAAGCCAAACCUCAUUUGAUUCUGGCCAUUGACAACUUUUACUUUGAUUGCCUGGAGGGUCCUUUGAGACUUUGGCUCUAUGAGUAUUUGAAGCUGCAGCCGGCCUUGACCUCAUUGAGCAGAGCUGAGAUCAUGUCCGCAUUAGAUGGCGGAAUUGGGCAGAUCACUAGGCCGUUGGAAAAGCUGGACAGUGAUGAGCGGCAACAUGCUUCCCAAUUAUUGAUGUUGAGUCGUGAUUGGCUCCAGAACUUGUUGCCCUUCAUUUUGGGCAAAGUAAAUCGUGUCCACUACGGCCUCCUGCGUUCCAAAGAUCUCGCAGAUUUGUCAGCCCGUGGCUACAUGGCCACGGGGAGCCGGACGCAAGUCGCAGUGCCCUUCACCGGCUUGGAGACACCAUCUUUAGCAUCGGAGUUUGCCAAUCCUGAUGUGGCUAUUGGGCUUACGAUCCUCGCCUUUAGCUACGAAGGCAUGCGGUUUUCGGAUGUGAAGACGAUGCUUCUUCUGUUGAAAUCGGAGUUGCUCCGUGAUGUGGCGACUCCGCCCCCACAGCGCGAGUCCUUCCGACGCUUCAAAGAGUGGACGGCCAAAUCUCCGAAGUCUCCUGAGUCGGAGUUUCUGCCGUUGGACCUGGUGCAGCCGGACGCGGCGACGAUCCGCGGAUUGAAGAAGCUUUGGAAAGAACGACCCGAUGUUUACUGCUUUUACUUGAGGAAGGAGAUCUUCCCCAAGGCCACACCUACACAGGUGAAGAAGUUCUCGGCGUGUGCACAGGAGUUGGCCUCACCCAGCAUCUUCAAAGUUCGCCUCGGUUUCUCCGGCACGCCCUCGAACAUUUUACCCUCCAGCAUGCCUCCGGUGGAUUUCGACCACACAGAUGGUCAGACCAUGGCCAUUUUGGCUUCGCCUUCGGUGGUGACUCUGCAUUCGGUGGCCUCUGGUUGGACCGUUUGGAGCUUGUUGGAUCUGGUGGCGAAGCAUCGAGGUGAAGCUGGCGAGGCCUUUUGUGCCUUAAUCGAUUGUGGGGCCUUGCUGUGCGGCUUGGAGAACCAGGAAGUGGCAAAGCUCUUGAUGGAGAGCCCCCUGAGUUCAAUUAAAGAUGGCUGUGUCUUCUUGGCUCGUGGAACUGAUUUACCCAUGAUCUUCCUGAAAGGUGCAACACAUCCCGUGCCCUUGGAGGAUGCCAACUUGCGACCAGAACGGCGUUUCUGUUACUUCGAUCAGCCUCACACCACCGGCAUCGACAUACAACAACCUGCUUUGGGAGUGGCUGCCAUCACUGUGGGUAAAGACAUGUCCAUCCGAGAGCUGCAACAAGGUGCGUGGCGCAUGCGCGGCUUGGGCCGAGGCCAACGUUGCGAGAUUUUGCUACCGGAGGAGGUGGCAAACUACAUGCGUAACCUUUUGAAGGAUAGGAAGGCCGUGAAUCUUUCACCAACUGCGACGGCGCAAGCGGCGGCAUUGAGGGACAUUCAAUCCGCCUUACUUAUGAAGUCACUGGAGCAGGAAGAGUUGCAAGCACGCCAACUGGUACGACAAGAUCUCACAAGCGCUUGGAAAGCACCUGCUCUCUCAAUGCUGAUGGAUGGAAAAUCGGAAGGAUUGACUUCGCUCUUAGAGUUUGUGCCUUCGAGCAUUAAGGAGGAAGAGUCCAAGACAUUGGAGACAUCUUUGAGGGAUCUGGCGGCGCCCUUUGCAACAUCUUCUUCUGUGUCUGGAGCUGUGGAUGAGGUGGUGCAGCGUGCUUUGCAGAUGUUGGGUACAGGCUGUACAUCCGAGUUUGCCUCUGGCGAGAUUGUGCGUGAACAAGAAGAGCAGCAGCAACAUGAGCACCAAAUCGAGUCCGAAGAGACGGGAUCUGUACAGCGACCUAAAGCUGGAGAAAGUCGUGUUUGGGAGCUUGGGAAGCUCAAGUCUUUGGCGGCCUUGCCUGACACUCCAUCAGUAGCAGAUGAAUCAGCUCUUUUUGCCUUUCCAAGCUUCGCGAAGAUCGCGGAGAUUUUCAUCGGCUGCGCUGGUGCCGGAGCCAAUGCGGCCAAGACAAAUCCGGUGUUGGCGUCUUUAGCUGAGUGCCGCCUACGUUUUUCUCCCAAUAGCCGGGUCACUGUGCAGGUGCCCAUUGUGAAGCUAGUUUUGGUGGCUUUGGAGUUGAGAGGAAACCGCAACCCACCAACCACCGUGGCUUUAUCUUUGGCAGAGGCCGAAUCCCUUCGCUGGGCUUUGGCCGAAUGCGAGAGCAAGGGUCAGGACUUCCGCUUUUCUUUGUAUGUGAUCUCCGAGUCCCCCAUGUUCGACAAAGAUGUGACUAUGCACAAGGUGUUCUGUGCCAGCUCUGAUUUCGGUCUUGCAGAACAUCCGGUGUGUUUACUGCGCUUCUAUUUGGGCGAAUCCUGGUUUUCACUGCAGGAGUUGAAAUGCCUGAAAUCAAUCGUUGGCGAUCACCAGCAGGACUUCCGCCGGCUGCGUGCUGCAGUUUUUGAUGCUCGCCGAUCAGGGGGCGCGAUUGAUUGGUCCUGCACGCCGCUGGCUGCUGUCUUGGGGCAUCAGUCUGCAGAGACAGUUCCAGUGCCGCCGGCCGGGCCAACAUUUCUGGAGCGCUAUAGCUCAGAAGCCUUGGCAGGCCACUGGGCACGUCAUGGGUUUCUCAGUCAAGAUGACAGCCCCAGUCCAAUCAUUUACCUCAGGGGCCAAAGCUCGUUGCAGGAGCUCGGCAAGCUUCGCGAGAAGCUGGCUGCGGAGAAGCUCAGGAGCUUGGCCUAUCUACUUUUGGUCGCUGAUGCCUAUCGCGUGGGCAGGGAGUUGGAAGCCAAGAAAGCUAGACUUCAACCUGCUGUGUCGGGGGCUGGUCGCUGCCAGUAUUCUGCAACACCCUCUGUUCUUGAGAGUGGCAGGCCCCCCCACGAAAGUUUGGUCGCACUUUGUCCAACAAAUGGGACUCUGACCGCUUUGUGCGAGCAGAAAGCCAAAUCCAGUGCCUCCCGGGUUGUAGUUGUGCCGGCCCCUUCACUUGGAAUUGCAGACUGCGAAAGAUAUUGCAACGAGAACUUUGCCAUGGAAAGCUACUCAAAAAAGACUUGUUUGGGUUAUGUGGUUCGCCAUCCAUUCAACGACAAGGUCGAAAAGGGCAAAGCGCAGUGUUGGCUGAUUCAUGGAGACGCGCAGAGAAGCAAAAGCUACCCUGACGAAGUGAAGAUUGAUCGAAGCACUUUGACUGACCAUGAGAACGACAAGCUCACUUACACCAAGGAAUUCUGUGGCUGUGAAGCGCGCGUGGUUCACUUUCCAAGACUGGAGUUUCGAUCAGAGCUGGCAAUCGAGCGACACAAUCUGGCAACAUUGAACAAGGAAGUGGCGUCCAGAGAUAUGGAGGAUGGCUCCAUCGAGACGAAAGCACUCAAAUCAGACUUGGCAGACUUGAAAGCCAAGGUGAAAGAUUUGGCACUUGAGGAGGUGAAGUACAAGCGCUUGGAACAAUUCGAGGGCGUCUAUGAUUGGCUGCCGCUUCGACCACCACACCGCAUUGCCAAGGGUGCAGAGAAAGUGCUGCCCACCCAAUUGGUCUCGGCGAUCAUGCCCGGCCUUAUCCAGAACCAGAAUAAGAAAUUCUCGAGAUAUUGGCAUGCACCAGUCAGAGUCAGCAAAAUUUUCAAGAAGUCAGAUCUCUCAGCAUUCCUCUACCUUUGUAUGGACAAAGAAAGCAAAGAAGAAAACUGGUACUUGGCAACGCAGCAGGAUCCCUUGGUUUGGGCUGGCAAGACCUUUCGACAUUUGAUGAACCAAAGUCAAGAUGAAGUAUCGGAAGCACUUUCGGAUGCCAAGCUCUUGCAGAAAGCCUUUUUCCGUUUGUCCUGCGUGGGCACCAAAAUUGGCCGCCUCCACAAUAUGGUGAAGUACAAGGUGAAAGACCUUGAAAUUUCUGCUGUGGUGGACAAGAGCUUCUUGCAGGGAUCUGAAGUUCCAAGCGACGUCAAGCAGCCUAUGCCUCUUCAUAUGGACGGUUGCUAUGCCAAUACCAAGAAGGCGGCAGAUGCUGUGGAAGUAAAGGUGCUGGAUGAAGUUGGGGCUUGUCCAGUGGAUGAUCUGGCUCCCUCAAAGACUGCUGAAGAGACCUCAUUCUGGAAGAUGUCAUCGCUGGGCAAGGCAAAGUGGGUUGGUGAGUUGCUGGGCUCGGAUUCAGCCCUUGGAAGAGUUGGAGUGAAAGCCACCAAAUGGUAUUCUGUAGGACGGAGCCUGUAUAGGAGGUGGAUGGGCUCAGACGAAUCAGAUGAGCAGAAGAAAGUGAGGCAGCUACAUGACUAUACUGGAGAAGAAGUCAAAGGCUUGGCGUCAAGGAUGACGACUUUGCUGGGCGGGAUGACAAAACUAUUCCGGGUGAUGGAAGCUGCCGGCAACACUGAAGACUUGGAGAUCAAAUCAGUUUGCGCAAAAGAAGCUCUUGACCAAAUCUUUGAAGUUGGUGGCCUGAUGCCGAAGGUUUCGCAGAAUCUGGCCAUGCGACCGGAUUUGGUGAAAGAUGAUUUUGUGCGGAACAAGCUGAAGGAGACGCAGAAUGCAAACCCCUCUCGUGAUGAACAGGGCACCAUGGAGUACUUGCAGAGUCAAGAUCCUCAGGUCAGGCUUGAGCUUGGAAGUGGAGAGGAGGUAGACCUUCCACUUUUGAACAUCUUGAAAUACAAGCAGGCACUCAGUGCAGGCUCCGUUGGACAAGUGGACCUGUUUACAUUGCGGGAGGAUCUCAGUCCUGAAAACUACACUGCCUUCAAAAAACUGUUGCCAAAGGGGCACGGAGACACCGUGAUUGUGAAGACAGUGUUCGAGGAGACGGAAAGCUUCUACAAGAAUGACUGGAACCUUCUGGAACUCUUCUUCACAAACUGCCAAUCAUACGGAGCCUGUGAUGACAAGACGAAAUUGAUGUGGAAAAUCCUUGAGCCGAUGAAGAAGUCAAUCUUUGACGAGUUUAAUCUUCAGGAUGAGGCAAGCUUUACGCAGAAAGGGCAGGAAAUGCUUGCAGAAUUCACGAGGCAAAUUGACGCAGGCGAUUUUAUGCCGGCUUUGAAACCUCAUACUAUCAAGCUCACCACGCCCAAUGCAGUGGCUACGUCCUCAAGGUACAUUUUGAUUCAGUCUUUGGCGGCAGGGACGCCUUUGAAAAACUAUUUGGAAGACAGUGGGGGCCAGAUCGAGAGUAUUGUGGAUUGGCGAUCCAACAUUUAUGCCGCCAUUUUAAUGGUUUAUGGACACAUGGUUGUGAAGCACGGCUUUUUCCAGUCUGAUCCUCACAAUGGCAACUGGUUCUGGGAGCCUGUCACCAAGACUGUGACACUGAUUGACUGGGGUGGCGUUGGUCAACUUGAUGGGGAGACCCACUGUAAGCUUGCGAACCUGUAUGCACACCUUGGCAGGUUGGUGGAGGCCUGGAACAACUGCGAGUCCGUGCGUGUGGAGGGUCCUUUGAAGGUUUCUGGAGUUUACAAGCGAGCAGGCUUCUCUAUCUAUGAAGCAGAAAAGGAUGAGACGGCAUUGCUGUUUGGCCGCACGUAUGGGGUGGCCUAUAAGCAUGAGAAAUUGGGCUACAGGCUUUUCUACAAUGAUGAGGGCAAGUGGAGGAUUGUGAAAGAAAAGCCGGGCGCGCAGGACCUAACUUCAACUAUCGCUUCUUUGGAGACCAAAAUUACCAACAUGAACGACGUGAUUCAGCAGGGCCCCAUGAAGUGGAGAAUGUACAAUGACGACGGCUCCGAAAGGAAAUGGCGCAGAACCAACGUCAUCACCAUCAAGAAGGCAGAUUUCAGCUGUGGCCAGGCAGAAACAUGCGUAUUCUUUUGCGGCAGCCAAGAUGGGAUUGCGCUUGAAUUUUGGUUGUAA